GGUCACGUGACUCCGGCGCAAGGGCCGACGGGUAGUCUCUCUCCGAAUCUCAAGAUGGCGGCGAAGUGAGGCGAAGUCGCGGCGCCGUACCCACGACGUAAAAUGCGCUUCUCCUAGUGGCCCCCGAGUACUCCCCCGCGUUCCUGCCGGUGCGUUCGGAGGUGGCGCGGCUAGGUUAAGAUCGUGCCGCCCUCGAUGAUGCCGGCCUCGAGGGUUUGCGCUGCGCCGAAGGUGACACCCCGCGAGUUGGCGCGGCGACUUCGCACGAGCACGUAUGGCAGAGACUAGAGUCCGAGAUAAGGGAGCCCCUGCGUCCCCCGAGCGGUGCGCAUCGGCCGGAGGAAGAUCGCUCCCGAGGGGAGCUAUGUGGUUAACCUCGCGACGGAUCGCCUGCAAAAACGUGUGUGCGAGACUGAAGAGCUCCGUUAAUUUCUGUCCCUACUGAUUGUACAGUACCUGGUACAACGAGACGCUAUAAGAGGAUUGUGAAGAGACUCGAUGGUUUCCUGACACGAUGGACAGCAAGUUGUAUGUAAAGAACGAGCUGGGACUCGAGGGGCAAUCUCUGGGAAAUCCGCAGGCCAAUCCACUGUCUGCGGAUGACGGAGGAGGAGCCCGGAUAUGCUUUGUCUGCGGCACCCUGGGCCAUGGCGAGCAGUACUGGCUACGAGUCAAGCCAACUCCGGGUGCCGCGCCCAACGAGCCGUACUUCCCCUUCCUGGAGUCGCACGAGCCACCGGCUGGGUAUCGAGGCGAGGGUGUCAGGAGCGGAGCUGUCAAAGCAUGCAGCCUCUGCUACGCUCUGCUCCUCCAACAGUGGGAAAGCUAUGAACGAGAUGCCAGACCACACAGCCAGCGGAUUUACUGGUUGAAACGUUGCGACGGAGGGCCCUUCACCGGGGCAGAAAUGGCCCUCCAGGGAGAGUACGCGGCCCAGGUCUUGGGGUUGACCAAUGACCAGCCUCCGCAGACCAGACAGGAGAGCAGGCCUGUCGGGAUCUCGCCAAGACUGCCUCCUAAUUCCCCGUCUCCUAGGGUUGAACAAUCCAGGCCACCGUCGAACUCCAUCGAUAUACCUCGACCUCACUCGAACACUGCAGAGGCACCCAGACACCUGGAGCAAGCGAGGCUCACCAUGGAGUCGCCGCACCAGAGGCUGCAAUCUCCUCAUCAAAGGCUGCAAAGUCCUCGACAAGCUAUCGACGAGUCCCGGAUCUCCUCCGAGGCUGCUCUGGACUUGCGACAUGCUCCAAGGAGCUCGCCUGCUCCACAGCCGAGCCUUCCACCGCAGCCUCAAGCUAUCUACAGUGGUGGUUCUUCGUCCAGUGGAGGCACCGAUAUCCUGGACCUUUCGAUGCCGGACAAGAAUUCAGUCACCGAAGUGUGUUACGUCUGUGGAGAUGAGUUCAAGAGAGGCUCGCUGAGUCACAUUGCUGCGAAGCCACUGCCAAAGCCACCGCAUCCAGCAUCCAGUCCACCUCCAUUUUUUCCAUCGCUGAUGCUGCAUCCAAGACCCAGCAGGAGUCGACCGAUGGACAGUGCUGGACGAGUUCAGGCUUGCUCGGCGUGUCAAAAUCAUUUGCUGCUCCAAUGGAAAGCAUACACGAGGCAAGGUGUGUCCCAUGGGGAUCGGAAUUACACGCUCCGGAAACGGCAAGCGCCGACGAUGGACACGACCACCUUCAUCUGUUACACCUGUGCCCUAGAGUACCCUUCCUCAAGUAUUAGACUGCUUUACUGCUGCCCGAACCCCGAGAAGGAGGCGUACUUCCCCUUUAUUUGCUCCCUGAGACCACCACCUGGGGCGAGUCCCAUAAGUCCCCAAGGAAUGGUCCAGGUCUGCUCCAUCUGCUACAAGGCCAUUCCCCAGAAGCAGCAGGUCUUUGGCGGGGAAAACCACGAGGCUCAGCCUGCCGCGCAAACCGUCGACUUCCGCCAGCAAGGCCAGUCGCCGAGGCCAGCGGUGCCGAAGUCACCAGCUAAUUCAGCUGGCAGCGACAUACGAUUCAAGCCCUACGAUUUGAACAAGUCCAGCGUCGCUACGAAUAAGCAACGCACCGUCUCCGCCAAAGGACCCACUUCCGGCCUCAGAAAUUCACCGAGCAUCGGCCCCACCGAGAAUGGGACCGUCGUUCUCGGACAGAACUAUAGGUGCUACAUUUGCGAGAGACUCUAUCCACGUACGAACAUGGAAUGGUUGUCGACGAGUCCGGAGGGCAUGAAUUCCCACGCCAUGCACUUCCCCUGCCUGAGAGGUAUGGCGCGCACCUCGGAAAACGCCUGCAUGGACAGUCACGGUCGAGUCCUGGCAUGUGGUCAUUGCGUCAAUCACCUCGCCCAGCAGUGGGAAAUUAUGGAUGCUGAAAGAGUCCCGUUAGAACGUCGCAGAUACGAUAUACCUAGUCCACACCCAAACGGCGACGUGAACCGUUCCAUAGCAACCCCGCCGAGCUCCAGCUCGGACCGGACCUUCGGCAGCAACCCUGGGACCUCCAGCAGCUCUAUCUACUGUUUCCUAUGCGGUCUUCACAGCGACCUCACCCUGGCCAGGGUGCUGUAUGGUCGUCCUCAGGGUCGGAACGCGCCCUUCUUUCCGGAGCUCCUCCGCCAUCAGUCGCACCCGAACGCGGAGCAGCUGCGGAAAGACGGCUCGGCCCUGGUCUGCACGUUUUGCUAUCACUCUCUUCUGGCCCAGUGGAGACACUACGAGAAGCUAUCCGGCGGACAGCAGGUUAACACCGUCGAGAGACAGUACAACACCCACGACUAUUGCUGCUACGUGUGCGGGAUCAUCACCUACCGGAAGAGGGUGCGGGCCCUUCCCGUGAAGGACUUCCCCUUCCUCAAGAACCACAAGCAGCUGGAGAAGAGCUUGCUGCUGGAGAACGGGGACUUCGCCGUCGUCUGUUUGGACUGCUACGAGACCCUUCGGACUCAGAACCUCGAGUACGAAAGGUGGGGCUUGCCCGUCGAGAAGAGGGAGUACAACUGGAUCGUUCAACCUCCGCCACCCGAGGACAGCCCCGAAGCUGCCAUCGCGAGACUACCAUCCGGCGAGAGGUCCGAGAAGGUGGUGCCACCGACAUUGACGGUUCGACCGACGAGGAAGAAUUGCUCGCCCAAAGCUCCCGAGAAGAAGGCGUCCGUUAAAGUGCCGGAGAAAGAGCAAG